CGAAAAUGCGGCAACAGCGACCGACGACGACGGGCGGCCCGCCGCCGCCGGGCUUCAACUUCAACUUGGACCAUGCGAUGGCAGGGCUGCAUCUCAGCCAUGGCCGCCCCGCGCCGCACCACGAGCCGCCAAUGAAGCUCGAGGUGGGCAUUGUUGUGCAGCCAACGACGACGCCGAACCAGUCCAUCCGCGUCGCCGUGACGCUUCCGGCGCAGCUCGUCGAGAAGGAGCUCUCGCUGGUCAUGGGGCUCUUCCGCGCCGGCCACGCCAACCAGAAUCGGCCCAUCUUUCUUCGCUCGCUGCAGUUUGAUUUGCGCAAGCGCCUCCCGCUGGUCACGACGCGCCUCCAAGUCAAGGCGCCCAAGACCAUUGGCGAGUUUGAGUUUCGCGCGUUCAACGAAGACGCGGGCCCGGACAUCAUCUUUGCGUCCAGCGGUCCGCUCAAGGUGCUCGUGGACGAAAAGUACUGGAGCGAGACGCUCGAGACGCUCGGCCACCGCAUCGAAGCCGCCGCCGACGCGCAGGACGUGGGCUUGAUCGUCUCGGCCGUCCUCGGGCUGCUUCGUGUUGUCGAGGUGCUGCCGACGGCCUUUCCUAGCCAAGCCAGCCUCUUUGGCAUGCACAUGGAGCACCUCCUCAGCCUCGUGUUUGAAGUGCAAACAACACGCUCUAGGUGGGACAUGGAGAACGAAGAAUCGCUCGAUGGGUGGCACGGCGCCAUCCGCACGCUCCUCCACGUGACCGAAACGAACCGUAAACUGCGCGUGUUCUGUCUUGUCGCUGAUUUAGCGGCGCUGGUAGGCUACGUGUGGGAAAGCCUCGUUCCGUCAGUGCAGAAGCUCGUCGCGAUGUACCAGUCACGCCUCUAUUGCGGGGUGAGCGACCGGUACUUUGAGACGAUUGACGCCAAGCAAGAGUACUGGCAAGCCCAUUUGGGUCUGCCCCUCCGCGACAGCGUCGACCCGUGGGCACCGGGGUUUGAACACGCGCUCUCGACCUACUUGCAUGCCAAGACCGAAGCGCUGAUCCCCAACGUGGCCGACUUUACAGCGGUGCGCCAAGCGAUUUUUGAGCGUGUGGGCGGCGUCGUAAGUGCGCUGAGCUUUCAAGGCCACCGGGUUGGUCUGGAUGUCUUUGGGUCGUCCAACAACUUUUUCGGCACGAAGGACAGCGACAUGGACAUGUGCUUGGUGCUGCCGACCGGCGUCGAGCUCUCGCCGAUUCAAAAGCAAGACAUGCUCAAGGCGCUAGUCGAGAAGCUCGACCCGGAGCUCUUUUCCGACAUUGAUACGGGGCGUCUCACGGCGCGCAUCCCGAUCGUCAUGUUCAAGGACGCGACGUCGGGCAUCGACUGCGACAUUUGUGUGGAAAAUGCACUGGCGCUGCGCAACACGCGGCUGCUGCGGACGUAUGCCCUUGCCGAUCCGCGCGUACGCAUUCUGGCCUACUUUAUCAAGUAUUGGGUCAAGACGCGCGAAAUGAACAAUGCGGCCCAAGGCACGUUGAGCUCGUACGGCUACCUCCUCUUGCUCAUCCACUACCUCCAGCGCACGAGUCCGCCGGUGCUGCCCGUGCUCCAGACGCUGCCGCCGCAGUGGCAAGGGGAAAUUUGGUGCCGCUGCUACCGCGACGAGACGGAGACGACAAAGGACCCGAGCGCGACGUGCCCGUACCGCCCGUGCAUGCUCAAGGGGCGCGACCAAGCCGACGGCCCGCGCCUGCCAAAUGUCGCGUUUGGCGAGGCCGAAACCUACUUUUUCGACCCGGUCCACGACGAGCACUGGCACGCGCUGCGCUCGUUUGGCGCGUGGAACCGAUCGAGCGUCGGGUCGCUCCUCCUCGGGUUUUUCAAGUACUAUGGCGACGUGGGCUUUGAUUACGCCCACCACGUGGUCUCGGUGCGCAUGGGCCGGACGCUGCUCAAGGCCGAGAAGCCGCAGUGGAAGCAGCACCACCGUCUCGCGAUUGAGGAUCCGUUUGAGCUCGACUAUGACGUGGCGCACGUCGUAAAGGGUGCGCGCUUCAAGUAUGUCCGGCAGCAGCUCGCGCGUGCGUACUGGCUGUGCGUGCAGGCCAACAUGGAAGGCUACGGCAUGGAAGAGAUCAUGGACAUUCUCUGUGCGCCCAUCGUGCACAAGGACAAGGCUAGCGACAACGAGCCCGCGUCGACCGACAAGUAGCUAGUGUACAGAACCAGCAUGUAGCACCCAAACACACGCUCCGAGUUGUUCUCAAGACCAUAAAAGUGUACUUUGAAUAUGAUCCUGUGACUUUUAGUCAAU